AUGGAGAGACCGGCAGCCGCUGUGAACAAAGGAAGUGUUAAGGACCUGGCUGACUCAGAUAUUGAAGAGUGUCCUGAGGAGAUUGAGGGCAUGGAGGUUGUCUCUGGGAAGGGAUUCUCAAAGAUAGAUCUGUCUGGGUGGAUUUCUGGAUAUAAAACCGUUGGUUUCCAAGGAUCUCAUUUAUAUCUGGCAAUUGAGGAGCUAAAAAGGAUGCGCAAGAAUAAUAGUAAGAUAUUCUUGGGGUAUACGAGUAAUCUGAUAUCCUCAGGGCUUAGGGACAUAAUAGCAUAUCUUGUGAGAAAUAAGUUUGUGGAUGUGCUAGUCAGUACAGCAGGCGGAAUUGAGGAAGAUAUCAUAAAGACACUGAAGCCAUCCAGGCUAGGGAAGUUUUCCAUGGACGGAGCCACUCUUAGGUCACAGGGUCUAAAUCGGGUGGGAAAUGUACUUAUCCCAAAUGAAAACUAUUUUGUCUUUGAGGAGUGGAUGAAAGAAUUUCUGAAUGAAAUUGUUGAAGGCAAGCUGGAAGAGCCUGAUGCACAGUCUGAGGUGCAGGGCCUGGGUACUGGAUACAGAAGAGUAGGAGAUAUAUCAAUUAUAACACCCUCUAGGCUUAUAUACGAGCUAGGCAAGAAGGUGGCUUCUGAAGAGUCUGUUUACUACUGGGCAUACAAGAAUAAUAUUCCAGUGUACUGUCCUGCACUAACGGAUGGAUCAAUUGGAGAUAUAAUUACAUAUUUCACAAGGAGAAGAGACCUAGUAAUUGAUAGCGUAGAAGAUAUUGCACGGAUUAACGGGGAGGGCUUGUUCAGUGAAAGCACAGGGGCACUUGUUCUUGGGGCAGGUGUCAUAAAGCACCACAUUCUGAAUGCAAAUCUGUUUAGAAAUGGGCUAGACCAUUGCGUGCUCAUUAACACAGCACAGGAGUACGAUGGAAGUGAUGCAGGCGCGCAGGUGGAUGAGUCUGUCUCUUGGGGGAAAAUUAAGAAGCACACGAACUCAAUCAAGGUCCAUGCUGAUGCAACAAUUAUUCUUCCUAUUUUAGUGGGAGCCGUGUGGCCAGAUGGCAUAUAA